UACUUUCACUUUCAGCUUAACUGGCAGUAAUGCGGAAGAGAGAUGGAGACGCCAUUAUUUCUCAGAAUCUAAGCGCUGUUUUGUCUGAUGAAAAUCGUUGAAAAAUGGGUGUUCUCUUCAUUUUUCUCUCAGCUGGUUCAUUUUUACUCUAUCAAGGCGUGUCUGGUGUUGAUACAGGUGGAGUGUCAGUGAUGGAGGGAGAUUCGGUCACUCUACACACUGGUGUUGAAAAAAACCAACAAGACAGAAUGAAAUGGUAUUUUAAUGACAUCCGCAUUGCUCAAAUCAAUGGAGAUCUCAGUAAGACCUGUACAGAUGUUCAGUGUAAAGAUGGUGAUGAGAGAUUCAGAGACAGACUGAAGCUGGAUCAUCUGACUGGAUCUCUGACCAUCAUGAACACCAGAACCACAGAUGCUGGAGAAUAUAAACUACUGAUUACCAGCGGGGGCAGCGACCGUGAAAAGAUCUUCAGUGUUACUGUUCAUGGUGGAGUGUCAGUGAAGGAGGGAGAUUCAGUCACUCUACACACUGGUGUUGAAAAAAAACAACAAGACAGAAUGAAAUGGUAUUUUAAUGACAUCCGCAUCGCUCAAAUCAAUGGAGAUCCCAGUAAGACCUGUACAGAUGUUCAGUGUAAAGAUGGUGAUGAGAGAUUCAGAGACAGACUGAAGCUGGAGAAUCGAACUGGAUCUUUGACCAUCAUGAACACCAAAACUACAGAUGCUGGACUCUAUAAACUACUGAUCACCAGCGGGGGCAGCGACCGUGAAAAGAUCUUCAGUGUUACAGUUCAUGGUGUUUCUGCUGCUGAACGAGAUAAAAUGAAGAGAGAGGUUAAGGAGGGAGAAUCUGUCAUUUUAGAUCCUGGUGUCAAUGGUGAUUCGAUGGUGUGGUAUUUUAAUGAGAUUCGCAUCGCUGAAAUCACUGGAGAUCAGAGUAAGAUCUGUAAAGAUGAUCAGUGUGAUGAGAGAUUCAGAGACAGACUGAAGCUGGAUCGUCAGACUGGAUCUCUGACCAUCAUGAACACCAGAAACACAGACUCUGGAGAAUAUCAACUGAAGAGCAUCAGCGGCAGUGUCCAUCGUCGUCGCCGCAGCAUCAGCGUCAGCAGUGUGAAGAGCUUCGAUGUUACUGUCAUUGGUUCAGGUCAUUCUUCAGAUGCUGUAGCAGGAAUUGUUGUUGCUGUUGUUCUGCUGGUGUGUGUAGCUGUAGCUGCAGUUGGUGCUGUGAUUUACCGUCGCCGCAGGAACUUCAGAAAUGACAUGGAAGAAAAUGAACAAGGAGUUCCUGAAGAAAGCCCAUCAGAGAGAUCCUUAAUGACAGGGGAAAAAACAGAGGUCCAGUAAUCUGAGAAGAUCGCAACAGUUUCCGCAACAUUACUUCUAUUGAAUGAAAUCAUAGGAUAAUGAGCCGGAAAUAUGAUGAAAUACUUAUUAAUGUUAAAGCACUUAUCUUGAGCUAUACUGCAAACAGAGAUAAUAUUAACCGUGAUACUCAUAUUUUUUCUAGCUGGGUGUUAAAGGGAUAGUUCACCCAAAAAUGAAAAUUUGAUGUUUAUCUGCUUACCCCCAGC